AUGGAACCACGGAAUCGGAAGCAGCGCCGUACUGCUGCAGCCUCGUCCGCCGAAGCCGACAUUCCACUCUCGCACCCUCCACGCCGCGAUACCAACACCCCGAGCACGAAAACACUUUAUGAUAUCAUCGCAGACCGCCAGAAAGAGCUCCUCGGGCAAGACAAUGGCCCUUCGAUCGCAUCAGCAGCAGCAGCAGACAAAGAUGCAGUGUCAGCAGCACCGAGGGGUACUCGGUUCGUGACCGUCGACGUGUCGGGGGCCGUAGUGGACGUGGACGGCACGAGCAGCAACGGCGAUGAAAACACAUACACAACAGACGACAACAACACCGACAACACCGACAACAACUCAAAUGCCGACCAUACCGACGACAAACCUCUCCCCCCAUUUCUCGACACAAUCCUCCUCUCCAUCCCGCUCACCACGCUCCACCUCACCCUGGCCUACCUCGCCGCACACCAAUACGCCGAGAAAACCGACGCGCGCCAGCUCCUCAAAGACUCCUUAACCAUCACCCUCCCCCCUCCUAACCUUCCUCGUACACCUGGUCCACGGCCACAUCGUGUCCUUGCCGAUCCCAGCGCGACUGCGCAGUCUCGGCAAUUCAAAGGAUCAACCACGCCCGGUUUUCUCUGCCUCUUCCUCAUCCGGGCAGUCAGCGCUACGCCAACUCGUCUGGCCGCCGACGCUGCGCACGCUCGUUUUUUUGCCCGUGGCGGCCUUGCUCGGGGCGCGGCUGAUCACCAUCACGAAUGGCGACCCGUACUACGCGGUCAUGAAGAAGGCGCCGGCGGUCGGCACGCUGUGGAUCUGGUGUAUUUUGGAGAUGUCGUUUGGGGCGGCGGUGCUGGGUGCGUUGGGGCCGUUGGUUUGGGGGGUUUGGUGGAUGAAGUAUGGGAUUUUUUGAGUUGA